AUGGAGACCGCCAGCAAAGACGCGACCGACGCGAGCGACGCGAGCAACCGCAAGCGCAAGAUGACGGCCACGACGCCGCCGUCCAGUCUCAAGCGCGGAAGCAAACUCUCGCGCCCGACCGCGGCCACCGUCGCCAGCAUUUCCAAUGGCGUGACGCCGCCCGUCGUCACGCCGCGGAACUCGAUCUACACGUCCGACGCGUUCAUCGACCACCAGCGCGCGAUGCUGAGCGCAGCGGUGGCCCCGACGCCGCACGGCCCCAUUGAGCACAUGCCGCCCACGCCCGCGUUCGUGAACCGCAACGGCUUUAGCCACACGCCCGACGGCUUCUCGUCGACGCCGAGCGACGGGUUCCCGUCCAAUAGCGCGCUGGCGCAAGGCGCAGCGACCACAACGCCCGCGGACGACACCAACUUGGCAACGGGCGACUCGACCGGCCACUCGUCGUACGCGCCGACGCCGUCUCCCGUACCGCGGGCCGCGCCGUUGAACUUGCGCAACUUUUCCAAUUGGGACGUUGGCACGCGGUAUACGCUCGUGCGGCUGCUGGGCAAGGGAUCGUAUGGACAGGUCGCCGAGGCAUUCGAUGCCGAGCGCCAGAAGAAAGUGGCGAUCAAGAAGAUCAUCAACGUCUUUGACCAGGAGAUCGACUGCAAGCGGUUGUACCGCGAGAUUUACAUCCUGCGCCGUCUGAGCCACUCGCAAGUGAUCAAUCUGAUUGACGUGAUUCCGCCGGAAAACUAUGACACGUUUACAGACUUGUACCUCGUGUUUGACUUUGUGGACACGGACCUGCACAAGCUCAUCAUGAGCCCGCAGUACCUGACCAUUCGGCACAUCCAGGUCUUUCUGUACCAGCUUCUGUGCGGCUUGAAGUACAUUCACUCUGCCAAUGUGAUCCAUCGCGACAUGAAACCGGCCAACAUCUUGCUGAACGAAGACUGCACCCUCAUGAUCUGCGACUUUGGUCUGUCGCGUGUGAUGGAGAGCGACAUGUCGAUGGAGGAACUGAGCAAGCACUUGUAUUCGCCCAAGGACUCCAAGUCGCCUACGACGUCCGAUGGCGGAACCACGUCGGCACCGUCCCCCGGCAGUGCCUCUUCGACGCCAUCAUCAUCGGGAGAGUUUCCAAAGAUGCGACGACAGCUGACGAAGCACGUUGUCACGCGGUGGUACCGUGCCCCAGAGCUCAUUCUGCUUCAGGAUUACGACUUUUCCGUCGAUAUGUGGAGUAUCGGGUGCAUUUUUGCAGAGCUGCUCAGCAUGCAAGUUGAGAGCUGCCCGCGGUACCAGGAGCGCGUUCCGCUCUUUCCCGGCCGAUCGUGCUUUCCGCUGAGCGCCGAUCGCCCCACGACCUACUCGGACAAGCUGGAUCAGCUCAAUGUGAUCUUCAACGUGAUUGGCACGCCGGGCGAGGAUGACAUUGGCAGCUUGGGUGAAGUGAAGCAGUAUUUGCGGAAGCUGCCAAAAAAGCAGCCUCGGGAUCUUCGCGAGAUGUAUCCGGGCGCCCCGGCUGACUCGCUCGACUUGCUGAAGCAAAUGUUGUCAUUUAACCCCGAGUGUCGAAUUUCGGUGGACAAAGCACUGGCGCACCCUUUUCUGGAGUCAGUACGACGGGUCCAGUCCGAGACCGUAGAAUCCAAUCCGUUUGGCAUGGAGUUUGAGAACGUUCCGCUGAACAAGGAAGCUCUGAAAGCCCGUAUUUUUGAGGAAAUUAAAAUGUUCUCGGACCGCAACACCCAACGAUGA